AUGGAAGAGGCAGAGGAGGACAUCGCAGUCAUUGGGAUCGGAUGCAAUUUUCCAGGAGGUGAGGGGUUGGACAGUUUCUGGAAGCUUCUGCUGGAAGGAAAGAACUGCGCAGUCGAUAUUCCAGUUGAGAGGUUUGACACCACUUUUUGGUUCGAUGCUGAUGACAACAAACCGGGAAAGACACAGACAACCCGAGCAGCUCUUAUAGAGGGGUUUGAUGAGUUUGACUGCAAGUUUUUUGGUGUUUCUGAGGUGGAGGCUGACUACAUGGACCCUCAGCAGAAACUCCUUCUGCAGUGUUCAUACAGAGCAUUGGAGGAUGCGGGAAUCGCUAUGGAAACCAUCAGCGGGAGCAGAACCGGCGUUUACAUCGGUCUCAUGAACAGAGAUUACGAGAUGCUCAGAAGUAACAGUCCGAGCACAAUAACCCACUACAGCAGCACCGGGUCAGCAAUGAGUAUUGCUGCCAACAGAAUUUCCUUCACCUUCAAUCUCACCGGCCCUUCUUUUGCCAUCGACAGUGCUUGUUCUUCAUCGUUGGUCGCUCUUCAUGUAGCCUGUCAGGCUAUAAAACAAGGUGACUGUGACAUGGCUCUGUGUGGAGGAGUUAAUUGCAUAAUCGAGCCAAGAGUUUUUGUUGCUCUCAGCAAGGCGAAGAUGAUCUCAGCUGGCGGGACCAGCAAGCCUUUCUCUCGCACGGCAGAUGGCUAUGGCCGAGGAGAGGGCUGUGGAGUUGUGCUUCUAAAACUUCUGAAAAAAGCCAAAGAGCAUGGCAACAAAAUAUGGGGAAUCAUUAGCAAAACGGCGGUCAACCAGGAUGGACACUGUGCCACGCCGAUCACCAAACCAUCCAUGGAUCAACAAGAGGAGCUGCUGAGACAAAUCUACUCACACUCUGACAUUGCUAAUGUCCAGUACAUUGAAGCGCACGGGACAGGAACUCCAGUUGGGGACCCGACAGAGAUGAGAAGCAUUUCAAAUGCCAUCGCCAAAAACAGAUCUUCUGAUUCAGAGACACUCCUGAUUGGGUCUGUAAAGGGCAACAUCGGACACACGGAAUCUGCAGCUGGAGUGGCCGGACUCAUUAAGGUACUUCUAAUGAUGAAGCAUGAGACUAUUGUUCCCUCAGUUUUCUCCUCAGAAAACAGCACAAGUAUAGAUAUUAAAUCUCUACAUCUAAAUAUUCCAGUUGAAGUUCAAAGGUGGGAGACAAAUGGGUUACAGGGAAGGAUGGCAGGGAUCAACAGCUUUGGGUUUGGUGGUACAAAUGCACAUGUGAUUUUAAGAGAGUGUAAUCACACCACGCUUACCACGCAGACAAAAAUACAUUGUCCAAAUGUUUUUGUAUUAUCUGCAGCCACAGAAAGAUCACUAAUCCUUACCAUGAUGGACACUCAAGAAAGACUUAGGAGCGAUCAAAGAGUUGACACACAGGCACUGUGCUACACCUCAGCCUGUGGAAGAAGUCAUUACAAACACAAAUAUAGGAAAGUCUUUCCAUCCUCCUCUCUGUCCGAGUUAGAACACAAUCUGAGCUCUACACUGAAAACAAAGGUUGAAUCAACAACAUUUAGCAUUCAUGUUGUCUUUGUGUUCUGUGGAAGUGGGGUUGCCUACAGGGGGAUGUGCAGGCACCUUAUGAGGAAGUUUGCUGUUUUCAGAGAAAAGGUCAGAGAAAUAGAGACUGUCUUCCAGAGAUACAAUACCACUGGUAUCAGUGAAGCACUGGCUGGUGAACCUGAAAACAAGGAUUUCAGGAAGCCAGAUGUGGCACAGCCUCUUCUUUUUGCCAUGCAGGUUGGCAUUGAAACUCUCCUGAAGCACUGGGGCGUCAAACCCGAUGCAACACUGGGCCACUCUGUUGGUGAGGUUGCCGCCGCUCACUGCUCAGGUCUUUUAUCCCUGGAGGAUGCUGUGAAAGUGUUGCACUACCGCAGUAUUCACCAGAGUAAAGUAUUAGGAGGUAAAAUGCUUGUAGUUGGCAAUGUAGAUGUGAAAAGGAUUGUGGAUAUUCUUCCAGUCUUCUCUGGAAAAGCGUGUAUUGCUGCUUUCAACAGCCCUGUGUCAUGCACUCUUUCAGGGGAUGCAGAGGCUGUAGAUGACCUUCAUAAGAGGCUGAAAAGCAUGUUUUCAGAUCAAAAUGUCUUCCUUCAUGUCUUAGAUGUUCCAGCAGCAUAUCACAGCCACAUGAUGGAUCCAGUAAUGGAUGAUAUUGAAAGAGGUAUCAAUGUCUUGGAAGCCAACAACAUGAAGUGUGAACUCUUUUCAACCAUAACUGGAGGAAAGUAUUCAGAUGGUGAUUUUACUUCAGGCAGAUACUGGGCGAAGAACACGAGAGACCCAGUUUUGUUUGAAAAAGCAUUAAAAGCUGUCAUCAGAGACAAACCAUCGAGGGGUAAAAUGGUCUUUGUAGAGAUUGGACCUCGUAGAGCUCUUUAUAGAAACAUAUGUGAGACUCUUGGAGCUGACACUGUCGUUCUGUCUUCUGCUGAUUCAAAUGACGAUUGCAACAUAACCCUCUCAACAGUAGCAAAACUGUUUGAACUUGGAGUUAAUGUUAACUGGCACCAGCUUUACAAGGGUUGUGAGGCAUUGCUCACGCCUCUUCCAGUUUAUCAGUUUGACAACACCAAGAGGAAGCUGAACUUUGAAGCCUUGAGAAAAGGUCAGGAGUUAUUUCCUGUUGAACCACAUCUGCUCAUACAUCAAAUAAAACACAAUAAAGACUUUGUGUACACUAUCUCUGCAGAGAAGGAACCAUAUCUUUGGGAGCAUAAAGUCAACCAUGUUCCCAUCAUGCCUGGUGCAUUUUAUGUUGAGUUGGUGUUUGCCUCAGUGAUGACGAACUUGAAGCUAAAGAUUCCUGUUUCCCAGCUCCAUCUCAGUGUUCGAUUUGAGAGCGUGCUCACACUCAACUCCAACUGCCAAAAGUUGAGGGUGAUUCUUGAGCACAAAGAUAAAGAAGUCUCUUUCAAAAUACAGUCUGCUGCUGCGACACAUGCCUCUGGUACAUACAGGUGUACAGAGAGUCAGUUUCUACUAGAGGAAUCAAAAAUUUGUGUUGAUGUGAUAAAUCAACGGUGCAAAUUGAUUUUAAAGAGAGAAGAGAUUUACUCUUUUCUUGCUCUGGCAGGAUUUCAGUACGGGCCGUUAUUCAAACAGCUUGACUGUGUGUGCAUUGGAAGUGAAUUCAAGGAAACUGUGACUGUGAUUCGAGUCCCUGGUGAACUUCUCAAACAUUUCCAUGAGUAUUAUAUUCACCCUGUGCUACUGGACUAUUUUCUCCAAAUGACUGCUGUGCUAGCAAUGGGAUACAUGACAGCAAAGCAAGGAUUCCCCUCGGGUAUCGGGAGUAUUACCAUAUCAGGCCCUCUGCAGGAGGAAAUGAUCAUAUACAUGAAAGCCACCCAGCAGGGCCCAGAUUACCUGGAUGUGUGUGGUUGCUUUUCGACCCUACGGGGGGAUGUUUUGGUGGAACUCAAAGGGGUGAGAAUUUCAUUUUUGCGAGGCUCCUCCAAUGUUCCUCAGUCAUUGUUCUUCCACGAUGAAACAAGUGAAAUAGCUGUGGAGCAACACUUGCAUACUUGCAAAAUGAAGGCAAUUGUGUUUGAGGAUAAUCUUGGCAUUGCCAGAAGACUCAGGCCUUAUGUAUCCCCAGAGUCAAUCCUUGUGGAGAGAAAACAAGACGGAAAAGCAGACCAAAUUCGAGAGUUUGUGCUUGAGUCACUUAGAAAUAAUGUGGAUAUUGAAAACAUCCUUUUCAUUUGGGGUGUAGAGGACCUCAGCCACCUGUCAUGUGAGCAGGUGCUGGAUGGUUUGGUGACUUGCUGCGACAUAUUUCGCCAGACAGUCUUAGGACUGAAAGAGAGCAAGCAUCUUUGUACUGUUCAUGUCAUAACUUACAGAUCUACAGGGAAGACUGCGGACCACGUUAACUCAGGUUUCGUGCUUUCUGGUAUGUUGAGGGCUUGUGCAGCAGAGAUGCCAAGUAUUUCCUUUCAGCUGGUCGACCUUGCUUCUGUGACCACUGAAGACAUUGAAACACUGGCCCGUGUAAUCAACACAUGUAAACAACAAGACAUCAGGAUCAAUAGAGGGCAGGCUUCAGCAGCAACUAUCACUAGGACCUCAAUGAAGGACAGUGCCAUGUGUGACGAGGAAAAACUCUCUAUGUUUCAGCAGAACUUUGCUCUACAGACUUCGGAUCCCUACAAAAUGACUCACUUGUCAGCGAUAGCUGCUGAUACAAUUCAAAGACAUAUUCAAGGCAAGUCAGUUGAAAUUCAGCUAGGCAGUGUAUGCAUGCAUUCAGCAGAUUAUUUCCCAGUGAGCUGCACACAUUGGAGUUUUGGCAAGACAAUGUACUGGAGCAAACACACAUCACAAAAUCACAAGCUAUUGGCUUUGGAUUUCAGUGGCGUGGUAACAGCUGUUGGGAAAGAUGUUCAUAAUCUGAGAGUGGGAGACCACGUUGCUUCAUCUUACCCAGUUGUCGCUAUGAAAAAGAUAACGAUUCCAGAAGGAGUGUGCUACAGCACAAAGACACUCCCAUUUCUGAAAGAGACUUCAUGUGUAUCUUACUAUAUACUAGCAUGGUCUAUCAUGCAGAGAGUGUUGUCUGAAGUGCAAAAACAGCACAGGAAGUUGUGUAUCAUCACCUCGAACUCAGCCUCUGUCCUGACGAAGGUUUUGGCUCUUACAGCCAACAGAUCAGGCUGGAAAGUGUCUUCACAGACACAUUUCAGUCAGGAACCUCCACAUUUUGAUGACAGUCAUGCAUUCAUUUUCCUGCCACCAUUCAAUCUUUCUUGGCAGGAGGUGCAUGACAGUGGCGGCUCUGAGAAACACAUGAUUUUUGUGUGUAGCAGUCCCAUUGCACCUCCAGCAGAGACCAUGUUUGCAUCAAAGUGUGAUCACAUUCAUGUACACAAGCUUGAUGUACCUAAUGUUCUUCAGAAAGCUAAUUUACUUGCACAAAACAAGGAUAUCAUCAGUUGGCUGCAGUCAUUGGGCUUUGAUACACCAAGUGUACCUCUGAGGAAGGAGCUGUACCAUUCAUCAGGCAUGUUCGAUCCUCAAAACAACACAGAUCAUGAGUCCUAUUUCACAGCAAAUACAGUGCGGCAGGUAGUUUUAAACAAUGGAACAUUUGACUGCCCAGUGUCUGAUAUCCCUUUGCUAAUGCAACCCAAACAGCUCUUUCAGCCAAACUGUGUUUAUGUUGUGAGUGGAGGGCUUUCUGGUUUGGGAUUUGAGACUGUAAAGUUUAUUGCCCAGAAUGGUGGUGGUUGCAUUGCCACACUGUCAAGAAGUACUUUGUCUGAUGAAAAGCAAAUUGAAGUUGAUCUGCUGCAGAAGAGGUAUGGGGUCAGAAUCAUGCAUAUCCAGUGUGACGUGUCUGUGUCAAAGCAGGUAGUUGAUGCAAUGUCAAAAAUCAAACAACGCUUCAUGUCCUGUCCGGUCAAAGGAGUGUUUCACAGUGCGGCGGUGUUGCAUGAUGCACUGAUUGAAGCUCUUGAUGAGCCUCUUUUCAGAAAGGUGCUGCAGCCCAAAGUCCUUGGUGCACUGAAUCUUCACUAUGCAACACUUCACUACAAACUUGAUUUCUUUGUGUGUUAUUCCUCCAUCUCAUCAUUCAUAGGCAAUGCCUCACAGUGUAAUUAUGCAGCAGCCAAUUCUUUUCUCGACUCAUUCUGCCAUUAUCGGAGAAACCUUGGACUUGCUGGACAGUCCAUCAACUGGGGUCCCGUGAAUCUGGGCCUCCUGCUGAAUAAAAGCAAUUUCCAAAAGUUCUUGGAAGCAAAAGGCAUGAUGACAAUGAACGUGUGUGAGGUUCACGAGACACUCAAAAAAUGUCUUGUAAUGAACAGACCCCAACAAGUGAUAUGCAAAUUCAACUUUCAGAAUCUUAACAUUCAUGUCCUUUCACAAAAUAAGUCUCUAAGAGAGCGACUGUCAGCUUUAGUAGAGGUGGAACUCAAAUACCAUGUUUGCAAGGAAUCGCCAGCUCAUCAUGUGUCUUGUACAUAUGAAAAUGUGAAAGCAAUGGUUAGUCUGAUAACCAAUUUAAGUGUGGAUGAACUGGAUGAUGACUCCACUCUGGGUGCACUGGGGUUUGACUCCAUGUCAGCAAUGACUCUGCAGAACCAAAUCUUUCAGGAAACAGGAUUAAAUGUACCUUUGAUUACUAUACUGGACCCAAACAGUACACUGGCCAAGUUGGCAGCAGAUGUAUCAAAGAAUGGGUGA